AAUAUUGACCUGAAAAGUUUGCAAGGUCUGGUCAGUUGCUGGACCCAGGCAGUUUUGGCUUGCUGUUGUUUUGACUCGUUUUGUGCGAUGGAGCUGUUGGUGUUCCUGCUUUGUGCCUCCUGGUGCAUGUCAGUUAGUGAACAAGCACCUUCCUACUUGAUCACCGGCCCAAGGAUUGUUCGUAUUGGUGUGAAGGAAACGGUCACCAUCCAAGUGUUUGAGGCUCGUGAGAAUGUUAAUGCCAUUGUUUACUUACUGAACAAUAAGAACAUGCUGGUGUGCUCCGAGAGGCACUUGGUCAAACUGAACCGCACAAAUAACUUUGCUGAAGUCUUGUUUGUCCAGAUUCUCCCAGAGAACGCCACACAAUGCAAGUUACCCAGCAAGAAGCGAUAUAUUACAUUGGCUGUGGAAAUCCCCAGUCUGUUUCCAAAACGGAGAAUGGUUCACCUCCAGCUUCUUCCGAAACCAUAUUUCAUUUUUAUUGAAACCGACAAGCCCACCUACAGACCGAAUGACACAGUACGAUUUCAAACCUUUUCCCUUGAUCACGAGAUGAAGCUCUCAAAUUGCGAUGUUGACAUGGAAGUCUGGCAAUCCACCACCAUUGUUGCAAAGGUCAGGAGUCGUAAGCAUGGCUCGACGGCAGUCUGCAGGGGAGAAGUGCAACUCCCGCCCUCACUGAUUGGAGGCUUUGAGAUACAGGGACCUUCUGCAUUAUAUUUUGCCUACGAAGGUUACAAAUUCUUUCAAAUCAAGGAGCACGAUGACAUGGAAGAAAAGAAGAGUGACGCAGUAGAUGUUCUAAAAUAUAAAAUCAAUUUAACAAAAACAAGACGCUACUUUAUACCUGGAGCCUCUUUCCGAAUUCUGGCAUUGGUGACCUAUCCGGAUGGCUCCCCGGUCCCUGAAACGCCAGUCAAAAUUAAAAUAAUCAUCUCAGCGGGGAAGACCCUCGAAGCUACUCAGGAAGGAUUAACCGACAGGAUUGGUGAACUGAGUCUCUCCUUCAAUGUUCCUGAAAAUGCAAAAGAUAUAUACAUCAGUGCCUCUGCUGGAGAUAAAGCCGUUGGGAAUGAUGUGAGCGAAGAAAUAGCAAUCAAAUGCCAUGACAGCAAGCAGAUGUACCUGCAUAUCGGUGUGACCAAUGCUCUGCUAUACCCUGGAGACAUCAUAAAUGUGACAUUAACCCCUUUCAGUCAAGUAGACAUCAGCAGUGUCAAUUAUUUUUACUAUAUGGUGCUCAAUAAAGGCAAGGUGCUGCUUUUUGACAGAAUCAGGAAGUCUGCCAACACUUCAUUUCCAGUGACGAUCACAGACGAAAUGGUGCCUUAUUUCCGCAUUGUGGCCUAUUAUUUUGCAAGUACUAAUCAUGAGAAAAGCAUCGUCUCAGACUCUGUGCGUGUGGAGGUGGAGGACCCUUGCAGUUCAAAGGUGUGUAUUGCCGUUUUUUGCAUCUCUGGUGGUUAUUGGGAGCUGUAG